AUGAAGGACCUCACGCCCUCACAAAAGGCCAAGCUCCACGAGGUCGCCGACGGCAUGCUCAAAGUCUACCAGACGCUCGUGCGCAUGCGCUACCUCGACGCCUCGCUGAUCCAAGAGGGCCCGCACAACGUCGACCACCUGCUGCCGCUGUACCGGUCCCUCGGCCUGGACCCCUCCAUCAUCUACCUGUACAGCAUCCUGCCGUACGUGAAGCCCGGAGACGGCGGCGGCGGCGGCGACUUCUUCCAGGGCGGCGAGUUUGCCGACUUUCGUGACGAGGAGGACUUGCGGCAGGCCCGGGACCCGUUCUACAGCGAUGCGGCCGAGGAUGCGAUGCGGCCGUGGAUGACGCCCCUGUCUAAUAUUGGGAACCACCGCACGGCGCUGAUUUACGAUGCUCGAAAGCAUUGUAUUGGCAUAUUCGAUCAGUUGAACAGCGGGAGCGGUGACCAUAACCUGUAUGAGGGGUGCAUUAUGAGAAGGGGGGGUGAGGCAGAUGAGGACGUGGGGGACCAGCAGGAGGGUCACGGAGUGGGUAGUGAAGGGAGCGCGGGGGGCGAACCGGACGAGACUGAUGAGGAAGAGGACGGCAUACACAGUGACGAGGAGGACGGGCAGGAUGAUGACGAUGAAGAGGAAGAGGAGGCAGAGGAUGAGCAAGAUGAUGAAGACGAUGACAGUGAUGACGAUGAAGACGACGACGACGACGACGACGACGACGACGACGAUGAGUGCUGGCUCGACGAGAUGGACUGCCGCCCAGCUCCCAACGUCCUCCGCGACAUGGUCCUCUGGUUCGAAAGCCUCACCGAGCUACCCGGCGGCGGCGAGCAAUCCGGUCCCGAAUGGAGCGCCGAUAUCAUCAAGCCCCUCUACAUCAAGCACGGCUGGCCGCACGCCCACUUCAACGGCGACGCCUUCCUCGUCGACCAAGCCCGCGCGCAAGCCGUCCUCGACGCCAGGGACGCGGCCGAAGAACCCCAGCGCAAGGUAGACCGCCUGCACCCGGACAAGGGCACCACCCAAAACGCAGACGACGAUGGCAGCAACAGCCCCCUUAUCCAGCGAGGGCGGGAGCGGCUCGCCGCCGCGACGACGCCGGACGAGGAGUGGGCCGCGCGGUGGGAGCUCUGGCGCGCCGAGUGCGGGCACAAGCGCAGGCUGCGCGCGUUUCGUGAGGCGGAGGCGGACCUGCAGCGUGAGUGCCCCGACGGAGUGUGCGUGAAGCCCGGGGAGAUGGUGCUGUGGGAGUUGAGGCAGCUGCGCGAGGAGCUGCUGAGCGCGGAGCGCGCCCUGAAGCGCUGCCGGCAGGAGAUCAACGACGCCGGCGAGACCGACGACGAUGCCCGGCGGAGCCUGCAGAUCCAACUGCGGCAGGCGGAGCGCAGGGCCGAGACGUAUCGGCGGGCGUACGAGGCGUGCGAGGCCGACGCCAAGAGAGACUGUCCCGGCAAGGCGCCGCUGCCCCUGGGCCGUGGCGUGGAGACGACGGGCUUAGAUCUCGACGGGAGACGAAAGGACCUCACCGGCCAGGUAGAAGGGCUAGAGGAGGACAUUGGGCUGAUACGGGAGUGGAUAGAGGGCCUUCCCGAGGGGGAUGGCGUGCAGACGGCCAGGGAACUGGCGGGGGCUCAGCUGGAGCAGUCGGAGGAGCAACUGGAAAGCACCAAGUGGCAGCUGGGAUGCGUGAUGAAGGACUUGGAGGGACUGUGA